AUGAGUCGGAUAAAGGAGGUGAAAUCGGAGCUCCGUCAGUUCAUGAAACAGUUUCUGGAGAAGGUGACUCCGGAAGAAACGAACAGACAAAGCGAGGCGGUCUCUCGCAAGGUUUUGGACUCAAAAUGGUUCCAAGAGAGCAAAAGAGUGUCCGUCUACGUGAGCACCACCGGAGAGAUCCAGACGGAUUCGAUCAUCCGGGCGGCUCUCGAAACGGGAAAGGAUGUGUUCAUUCCACAGGUGGGAAAGUGCGCUCUAAUGAGAGAAAUAUUCAAUGGGCGUUGCAGUUCGUCAGAGGUUCGACGGCGAUGCAAAUGGUUCGGGUGCCAGAUCAGUCAGCGUUCUCUGCCCUUCCGACCACGCUCUGGGGUAUUCGACAGCCGAGUCCCAAGUGGGAAUGGGACGGUUUUCAGCGGACAGGUGAAGUCAAUCUUUCCGGAAAGCAUCUUCGAGAAACCCUCAUCUGAUUGAAUUUAGUCAAAUUUAGCCUGUAGAAAUGGAGCUUCCACUGAGGGUUUCUCAUGUUUCACAGGUCUGAGAAAGACCACCUUCCGUGUUCAUUCCCCAAUCUCUAAUGGUGCUCCUUCCAGGCCCUCUGGAUCUGAUCCUAACUCCUGGCGUCGCAUUCACUCCCUCGGGGCUCAGAUGCGGACACGGAAAGGGCUAUUACGACCGCUUCUUCUCCAACCAUUUCUCCUAUUUCCCUGAAAGAAUCCCUCGCAAAGUGGGAUUGGCUCUGCGCGAACAAAUCGUCCAAAGUGUGCCAGUUUCGGAGAGCGACGUUCAGUUGGACGAAGUCGUUUACGAAGGAGACGUCAUUCGAUCGGACCAGGUGUAG